ACAUUCAUCACCACAAUCCAUGGCAGUUUCUCCACCUCAAAAACCAAACAGCCACGUGAUCCCCUUAUCUAAUUUCCCCCUUCCAUUCCCUCUCCAUGCAUGUAAAUUCAAUCCGUUCCCACCUUUUGCACCGAUUUCCUCCUACUAUUUUUCUUCUCUUAUCCAAUGGCAGCUGAAAUUUCGUCCGGCAGCCGAAGAAAUUCCAACACUCAGCUCCUGGAAGAGCUCGAAGCACUGAGUGAGUCACUCUACACAUCCCACACUUCGAGCACUAGUACUCGAAGAACUGCCUCCCUUGUCCUUCCUCGAAGCUCGGUUCCUCCCAUACCAUCUAAAGAUGGAGUUGUUCCGCCGAGUGUUGAGGAGAUUAGACUCAAUAACAAACCGCGAAGGCGGAUGUCUUUGUCCCCAUGGCGCUCCCGCCCAAAACUUACUAAUGAUGAGGAAGAUGAGCAUAAGGAUCAAGGCAAGAAGGCCGUGAAAUAUAAUUCACCGGAGCUAAGAAGCUUGGAUGACAAGGCAACUGCCAUCAUAGAGAGAAAAGGUAUCUGGAAUUGGAAGCCGGUUCGCGCUAUUUCCCACAUUGGAAUGCAGAAGCUGAGCUGCUUAUUUUCUGUUGAAGUUGUCACUGCACAAGGCCUUCCAACUUCAAUGAAUGGCCUUAGACUUUCUGUCUGCGUUAGAAAGAAGGAAACAAAAGACGGAGCAGUUCAAACAAUGCCGUCAAGGGUGACACAAGGAGCUGCUGAUUUCGAAGAGACCCUUUUCGUUCGGUGCCAUGUUUAUUGCAGCUCCGCCCAUGGAAAAAAGACAAAGUUUGAGCCGAGACCCUUUUGGGUAUAUUUGUUUGCAGUUGAUGCAGAGGAGCUUGAUUUUGGGAGAAGUACUGUGGAUUUGAGUCAGAUGAUUCAGGAGUCCAUUGAGAAGAGCCGUGAAGGCCAACGAAUUCGACAAUGGGAUACGAGUUUUAAACUGUUAGGGAAGGCGAAAGGCGGUGAGCUUGCUCUGAAACUAGGGUUUCAGAUUAUGGAGAAGGAUGGAGGAGUUGGGAUUUACAGUCAGGUUGAGGAUUUGAAGUCUAGUAAGUCCAACAAUUUCACAUCUUCUUUUGGUAGGAAGCAAUCGAAAACAUCAUUUAGUGUGCCUAGUCCAAAACUUUCAAGCAGAGGAGAAGCUUGGACACCUUCACAAGCAAGAAAAGCAGUUGAUCUUCAGGGGAUUGAUGAACUCAACCUUGAUGAACCGAACCCGGUUCCUAUAUCAUCACCUUCUUCUUCUUCUGCAGCUCAAAAGCCUAAAGAACCAGAAGUGCCAAAGGUGGAGGAGCUUGAUCUGCCAGACUUUGAGGUAGUGGAUAAAGGAGUUGAAUUCCAAGACAAGGGAAAGGAAUAUGGGGAGGAGCAAUCCGAAAAGUCUGUUGGCGAAAAAUCAGCAACAUCAAGUGAGGUUGUGAAGGAAAUUGUGCAAGACCAUGUUCAUACAACAAGAUUGACAGAACUUGAUUCAAUUGCUCAGCAGAUUAAGGCUCUUGAGUCUUUGAUGGGGAAAGAAAAAAUCGACGAAAAAGAUGAAGAGGAUGAAGAUAUCAAAUCACAAAAAUUGGAGGCAGAUGAAGAAAAUGUGACAAAGGAGUUUCUUCAAAUGCUUGAGGAGGAGGAGAUCCUAAACGAAUACAAAUUGAAUCAAAGUGAUGUUCCACCUUUUGCCCUUGAAGGGGCAGAGGAAUCUGGUGAGGGUGAAGCAGCAGCAGUUUACCUUCCUGAUCUCGGAAAGAGCUUAGGGAGUGUGGUUCAAACCCGCGAUGGAGGAUAUUUGGCAUCCAUGAAUCCUUUUGAUACUUUGGUAGCAAGGAAAGACACUCCAAAACUUGCCAUGCAGAUAUCAAAGCCGUUUGUUCUGCCAUGGGAUCAGUCCAUGAGUGGAUUUGAAUUGUUUCAAAGGAUUGCAGGUAUUGGACUUGAUGAGCUGAACUCCCAGAUUAUGAAUCUGAUGGCAUUGGAUGAAUUGAUGGAUAAAACUGCGGAGCAGAUUGCUUUUGAAGGCAUUGCGUCUGCAAUCAUUCAAGGAAGGAACAAAGAAGGUGCUAGCUCGAGCGCUGCAAGAACAAUUGCUGCUGUUAAAACCAUGGCAAAUACAUUGAGCACAGGCAGGAAGGAGAGGAUUUCGACCGGGAUUUGGAAUGUGAACGAGAACCCUUUGACACUAGAGGAGAUUCUAGCCUUUUCCAUGCAGAAAAUCGAGGCCAUGGCGCUCGAAGCUUUGAAAAUUCAAGCUGAAAUGGCUGAGGAAGAAGCCCCAUUUGAAGUUUCACCAACGAACAAUAGUUUCACAAAUUCAAGUGGUGCAAAAGUACUUCAAAACCACCCUCUCGCUUCUUCAAUAUCGCUCGAGGAUUGGAUCAAAAACCACAGCCUGGCAAGUUCAGAAGGUUUACAAGACGAAAACCAGCCGGAGACAAUUACACUGGCUGUGAUUGUUCAGCUGAGGGAUCCCUUAAGGCGAUAUGAGGCGGUUGGAGGCCCUAUGAUAGCGCUUAUUUACGCAACGAGAGCUGAUGGCGCCGUCAAUGAGGAGGAGAAGAGAUUCAGGGUGACAAGCAUGCAUGUGGGAGGAUUGAAAGUGAGGACAAAAGGGGGAAAGAGGAAUGCGUGGGACAGUGAGAGGCAAAGGCUAACUGCAAUGCAGUGGCUAAUUUCUUAUGGAUUGGCGAAAGCUGGUGCGAGGAAGAAGGGCAAACAUCAUGUGGCAUCCAAAGGUCAGGAUUUGUUGUGGAGCAUUUCAUCAAGAAUGAUGGCUAAUAUGUGGCUCAAGUAUAUGAGAAAUCCAGAUGUAAAAUUUACCAAGUGAAACUUUGUAUUAUUUGUAUUGGUUUAAUUAUUUUUUUGUAAUUUAUUUGCCGUAAUAAUACAUACAAGGAGUAAAGAUUAAGGAAGUACAAAUAGUUAUAACUUUGAGAGUGACAGAUUGUAACACCUACAAAUAGUUAUGUUUGAUGCACUUGUAGAAAUUAUCAGAGA